AUGGCGGAUGCAGAAGAACAAGAACCAACUCCAGCAAAACUAGACGUUUUGAAGAAGUACAAAGCUGCUGGAGGCAUUGUCAAAACUGUGUUUGCUGAAAUUAUUCAGAAAGUGAAGGCUGGGGGUUCAGUCCAUGAAAUAUGUGGUUAUGGUAAUAAUCGUAUAUUGGAAGAAACUGGGAAAAUUUACAAGAAAGAAAAAUCAAUCAAAAAGGGUAUAGCAUUUCCAACAUGUCUAUCAGUGAAUAAUUGUAUCUGUCACUUCAGUCCUUUAAAAACAGAUCCUGAUGUCACUUUACAAGAUGGUGAUAUGGUUAAAGUUGAUCUUGGAGCUCAAAUUGAUGGUUACAUAGCAGUAGCUGCUCAUACUAUUGUUGUUGGCGCCAGUCCUGAAAAUAAAGUGAAAGGACGAAAGGCAGAUGUAGUUUUGGCUGCGUAUAAUGCUGCCCAAGUUGCUCUUAGAUUGGUCAAACCAGGAAAUGAGAAUUCAGUUGUAACAGAGGCCAUACAGAAAGUAGCUGAUUCUUUUGAUUGUAAACCUAUUGAAGGUAUGUUGUCUCACCAGUUAAGAAGAAAUGUGAUUGAUGGUGAAAAAGCCUUUAUUAUUAAUCCUUCAGAUUUACAGAGAAAAGAAUUAGAGAAGUGUACUUUUGAGGUGCACGAGGUUUAUGGUAUCGAUGUUCUUGUGAGCUCAGGAAAAGGCAAGGGAAGAGAUAUGGACACAAGAACAACUGUGUAUAAAAAACGUGAAAGUAGUUAUCAGUUAAAAAUGAGAACAUCGCGACAAUUUUUACUAGAAGUGAAUAAAAAAUUUGGUUAUCUUCCAUUUUCUUUGAGUUUAUGUGAAGAUGAAAAGACAGCUAGAAUGGGGGUAGUAGAAUGUUAUAAACAUGAUGUCAUGCAACCAUUCAAUGUACUCUAUGAAAAAGAAGGUCAGUUGGUAGCUCAGUUUAAAUUUACAGUUAUAUUAAUGCCUAAUGGUACAGUACAACUAACAGAAUUACCCUUUGAUAUAUCAUUAUAUGAGAGUGAACAUUCUAUUCAGGAUGAGGAAACUAAGGUAUUUAACAAUAUUCAAUCUAUUUAA